AUGAUUGAGAGAGCCAAGGUAUUGGAGAAGAAUAUGGCAGAAGCGGAACGACACAAGAAGCAACAACAGGCAGCUAGGGGGCCAAUUGUAUCAAGAGGUAACGUUAAUCAGAGGAGAACCCCUUACGCUCGUCCCAAUCAGCCAUCUAGCGCGAGUGGGUCUCAAGCCUUGAUUCCUGCCGGACAGUCUGGCCAGCACGGAAACGUUACUUGUUUCCGGUGUGGAGGGCCACACUAUCGUUCUUCAUGUCCUCAGCUGGUGGGAGGAAAACACUGCAACCGUUGUGGAAGGAAUGGGCACUUGGAUAACGAGUGCAACAUGGGUGGACGUGCAGUGAUGAGGCCACCAAACGCUGGAAGGAACCAACCGAGAGGUGGCAGAGCUCAAGCAGUAGGGCGAGUGUAUGCUAUAACUGGAGCGGAAGCAGCAAGCUCAGGUAAUCUUAUCACUGGUGAAUGCUUGCUGUAUGGAAUAUCCUGUUGUGUGCUAUUUGAUUCUGGGGCGACUCACUCCUUCAUCUCGAAGGCGUGUGUUGAAAAAUUGGGAAUCACUGAGAGGGAGAUGCAGUUCGACUUGGUGGUGUCAACCCCAGCGGCUGGAGAGAUUAGGACGUCUACUGUAUGCGUUAGAUGUCCUAUUGUGGUUGAAGGGUGUAGUUAUAAGGUGAACUUAAUCUGUUUACCUUUGAAGGAGUUGGAAGUGAUUCUAGGAAUGGAUUGGUUGGCUACCAAUCACAUUCUUAUAGAUUGUGGUAGGAAGGAAUUAAUUUUUCCUAGUGAAGAAGAAGAAGAAUUAUCAGUGACGCUCGGCCAACUAAAAGAAGAUAUUAUGGAGGGCGCCAGCUGUUUUCUCAUAAUGACGCACGAAGACAGGGAAGUUGGGAAUGUGAAUUUUGAACGAUCGUCCAAGGACAAGUACAAUGAAGGACGAUCGGUUGUGGACGAAUUUCCGGACGUCUUUCCGGAAGAAAUACCUGGGCUUCCCCCUCCUCACGAAGUUGAAUUCACCAUUGAUUUGGUGACGACGGCAGCUCCUAUCUCUGUUUAG